CCAUCGCAGUUCGGCGGCGGCGCGGCGGGAGUGCGGUCGGUGGUGCCGAUGGAGGCCGGCGCUGAGGCGGAGCCGCUGCUGCCCCCACGGCGCUGGCGGGCGGGCCGGGGGCUGUGGCGGGAGCGCGGCGGUGCCCGCUCAGCCGCCGAGGACGUUGCUGGCGCUGAUAAUAACCUUUAUAUAAACCAAGCCAUAGUAUUUAUUGAAGAUGCAAUACAAUAUCGAUCCAUAAAUCACCGUGUCGACUCCAAAUCCCUGUGGCUUUAUCGAUGGUACUAUUCCAGGACUUGCCAGUGGAUUUUGAGCUUAACCAUUACUGUCAUCUUGGCUUUGGCUUUCAUUGAAGAGCCUUCCUCGCUUACUGUCACGUCAGAUGUGCGAUACCGCCUUCCUGCCUGGAAUCCUCCCUGUGGCCUCACAGAGAGCAUUGAGCUGCUCUGCUUCCUUGUGUUCGUGGUUGAUAUAUCUGUGAAGAGUUACUUAAUUGGAUGGAAAGAGUUCUGGAAAAAUAAAUGGCUAAUGGCUUAUAUACUGACGUUGAUUGUUUCCCUUGCUGACUGGAUCGUGUCACUGAGUUUUUUAUGCAAAGAGAGUGUGAGAAUAAGAAGACUCCUUCGCCCCUUCUUUCUUCUCCAGAAUUCUUCUAUGAUGAAGAAAACGUUAAAAAGUAUCAACAGCACAUUGCCUGAAAUGGCAAGUGUUGUUCUGCUACUGGCUGUUCAUCUGUCUCUCUUCACCAUGUUUGCCAUGCUGCUCUUUGCUCGAACAAAGGAUAAUCAGCAGGAUAAGGAAUGGGCGGUGUAUUUCCGGAAUUUGCCAGAUUCCCUGACAUCACUGCUGGUCCUGCUGACUACUGCAAAUAAUCCUGAUGUAAUGAUACCUGCAUAUUCUAAGAAUCGAGCAUAUUCAAUCUUCUUCAUCCUCUUCACUGUAUUGGGCAACUUGUUUUUGAUGAAUUUGCUUACAGCAAUAAUAUACAACCAGUUUCGAGGGUACCUUCUGAAAUCAGUUCAGUCCUCCCUCUUCAGGAGGCGGCUGGGAAUCCGGGCUGCGUUUGAGGUGCUGUCUUCUCUGAAAGAGACUCCUGCACAACAGUCCUGUGUCAGUGUUGGGGCCUUACUACAGGUGCUACAGAAAGCUGAGAUGGAUUCUCGCUGCAAGCAAGCCAUCAUGAGAUCGCUCAAAAUGUGCUCCUGUGACCAGCUGUCAGCUGCCCAGUUCCAGAAGCUCUUUGAAGAACUAGACAAAGAUGCCAUUAAGCAACACCCUCCCAGUCCAGAGUAUCAAUCCCAUUUUAUGCAGAAAAUGCAGUUUGCCUUUGGCCAUGCCUACUUUGGCUACCUGGGGAAUGUAGUAGCCCUGGCAAACAUUAUUUCUAUUUGUGUGGUUUUGGUGAUGGAUGCAGAUAAGCAGCCAUCGGAAAGAGAUGACUUCUUCCUCGGGGCUAUCAACUGCUUCUUCAUCCUAUACUAUCUGCUGGAAAUGUUGCUGAAAAUCUUAGCAAUGGGCUUGAAAAGAUACUUGUCUUAUCCAAGCAAUAGAUUUGAUGGACUUCUGACUGUAAUUUUGCUGAUUCUGGAGAUUGCAACUUUUGCUGUGUAUGGAUUUCCUCACCCUGGCUGGAGACCUGAGUUCAUGGGCUUGUUAUCCCUGUGGGAUAUGGUGAGGCUGGUGAACAUGUUAAUUGUGUUCAGGUUCCUGCGGAUUAUCCCGAACAUGAAGUUCAUGGCUUUGGUUGUUACUACACUGCUGGAUCUGGUGAAAAACUUAAGAGCCUUUGCAGGAAUCCUUGUGGUGGUUUUCUAUGCAUUUGCUAUAACUGGCAUAAUGCUCUUUAGAGGUGCUGUUGUUCCCUUGGGAAAUACUAGUGCUGCCAACACAACACAUGACAAUGGCACUCUGCAGUGUGGGACCUAUGAACAGCUGGAAUAUUGGCCCAACAACUUUGAUGACUUUGCUGCAGCAGUGGUGACCCUCUGGAAUGUGAUGGUGGUGAACAACUGGCAAGUUUUUUUGGAUGCAUUUUCAAGAUAUUCAAGUCCGUGGGCAAAGAUCUAUUUUGUAGCCUGGUGGUUGAUUUCCUCUGUCAUCUGGGUUAAUCUCUUCGUAGCUUUACUCCUGGAGAACUUUAUUCACAAGUGGGACCGUCGCUGCCAGCGAGAGUCUCUUUUAGAUAUUGAAUACCAGAGGACAGUUGAGCUCAUGUUCAGAGAUGUUUUGGAAGAACCUACAGAGGAGGAGUUGAUGGAAAAACUGCACCAACACCCACACCUGCAUUUGUGUAGGUGACUGGUGGGAAGGACUGAUUUAUUUAGACCUCUGUUUUCUUGAGGUUGUUAGCUGCAAGAAACUGAAUGGAUUUUCUGUGAGAUGCUGUUAGGAGAGGGGCUUAUAGGACAUGAUGUGAGGUUUUGCUUGGGAAUUCUCUGCAGAAAGGUUUUUUAUUUUGGGUUCAUAUCUUUUUUUGAAAAAGAUUUGAAUCUUGCUAACUUGAUUUUAAGUUGCAAUUUUAGAAGGAGUAUUGCAGCUGUUAUUUUUAUAGGUUGUUGAUAUCAGAUGGUUUUAUUUACUUUUUUUUAAUAGGGACAGUCUGUUUAAAAUGACAGUGCACUUUAAAACAUGAACUUUGUAACCACUAAGCCUGCUACUUUUUUCAGCACAAGAAAAUGGAGCUGCCUUUUCUGGCAGGCGAGUGUGGCAAGGGCUAUGCCGUGCAAUUCGCGAAUGGAUUAGGCAGGACCAGAGCAAAAUCCUUAAUAUUCUCGUAGUGAGAGCUGAAACACUAUUUUUAUUGUAAUGUGACACCAGCAUAUCUUACCAAAUUUUGGGAGUUAAUCAUGUCAGAACACAAUCAAUUCCAGCUUAGUAACAGGGACUGCCUGCUUUGCACAUCCUGUUUUUCUUUGCUUUCUAUAGGGGAGGGUUCAUGCUGGUUAUGCCAUUCUGGUCACUGAGAGCAGUUAGAACCUGGACUGGAGCAAUUGCACUCGUGGUUUUCAAUGUGGUAAAACUGAGCUCUCUUUCAAUAGAGUCAAUAUUCUGAUGUUGCUGUUUACUGAACUUCUUCCUUUUACUUUCUUCCAAGUCCUCUUCCUGGUGUUGUAUUCCAUGAAAAAGCUAAUGGGAGUGAACUUUGGCUGGAAUGUUGUCCCAUGAUCACUGGAGUCACCUACUUAAAGGGGGAAGGGGAAAAAAAAAAGGUUGAAUGGGACAAUCAAAGUGCUUAACACUUGAAAUUUUAAUUUGAGCCUCUGGGAAUUGAAGGUGCUCAACUAGUAUUGCAGGAUCACAUUCUUUUAUGGCUUAAUGACCACAUGUUGUGCUCCACUAACUUUCACCUGGGUAAAACUUUUUGGGUAAAUAAGUUUCUCAACAAGUCCAAAGUGGAGGAUUCACAGUAAGCUGUGUCCACAUGCUUUUUGUUAUCCUUUAGAGUUCCUUUGAAAAGGUUUUUUUGCUUAAAUCUCUGUCACAUAACUAGUAAACUGCUAUGAAGAAUAGAAUCUACCACAAUUACUGUUUUUAUAUGUAAAAAUGAAACUGCCCUAUGGGGCACUGCCUUCUCAUUGAGACACUUGUCACCAAAAUAGACAUUACUGUGGUCAUCUCUGUAUUGACAAAAGCUUGGGGGAGAUAAUUGCCUACUAUUUAUAAGUCCCUUGAUUCUUUUUUUAGUUAAAAAAUGUUUUUCAAAAGUGCCAAGAAGUCAUCAUCUGUACCUUUCCUUGUCGUUUUUCAUCAUUUGCCAUUUCUCUCUGUCCUACAUGAAGGACAGCAAAAUAUCCAGGAUGAUGGUGUAUUUGAGGUCAAAACCAUAUUUUUGCCUUGUCUCAGUAACUGUUCAGAAGUUACUUAAUUAUUCUUGUCUGUUUCUUUACCUUUUUGCUUUUAUUUUCUCUGUGCUGUGGAGCAAAAUGUGUUGUGGCUUUCAUAUGUGUAGAACAAAAGUGAGCUGAGUUCUGAGCUACUCCUGCAGUCUUUCUUUACUGCUGUAAUCCUGCCUCUUAUGUCAUGCCCUUGUCUGUGUGCAGUCUCUUGUCUCUUAGGCCACCCAGUAACUCACUUGCUCUGGUUUCAGUGGCAUCAUCAUGCUUAUUUUCAGUCAUGCACUUAAAACACUCAUCAUGGCAAGCUGAUAAAGGCAUCAGCACAUGGUUUUUCUAGUUUUGAGUUUGUUCUGUUCAUAUGGCUUCAUGUCAGGAUGGUUUCUGUUCCUUCUAGCAUGAUGUAGUCACUGCCACCAAUAUACUGGGACUUAUUACACAGUGGUUAAACACUCUUGUUUUACCUUUUUACUGAAAAAGAAAAAAUUUUUUUUGUUUUCCAUUUUAAUGAAUACUUGAAGUAGCUUUGCCUUGCCAAAAAUGAAGUGUCUGGUUCUUAUCAGCCUAUAAGUUUGAUUAAUUUUUUUGGCUUCUUAAUGUUCUUCGGUGUUUUGUGGUUGAUUUUUUUUUUUUUUUGCCAUUACAUUACACUACAAUCUAUGAAAGCAACACAAAUUGGUGUGGGAUUACCAUAAACAUCACAACUGUCUCCAUUAUGCCAUGUUUACAUCUGGACUAAUGUGGAGAAGGCAUUCUGAAGGGAAUAGUCUGUCUUGUUCUUGUUUCACACUUGUGUAAUUGACUGAAAGUGUAACUAGAAUUUAAUACAAAAUUGUGCUACCUAAUGUCACUUGAACUGGAAGAUGUAAAUAACCACAAAUCUUAUGCAAAAAUUGUAUAAAUCAUGGAAAUGAAUGUUCAUCAUUAGGUAAAAUUUGAGGUUUACAUUGUUAUAAAAAGUCUUUUCUUCUUGAUCCAUGAAAAUAAUUGGGGUGUUGAAAUUAUUUUUGUGGUAUGUUUUUGCCUUUCCCUUCCUACUGAUUUCUGCAGUGCUGGACAUCUCUGUUUCCAUUGUUUUUGCCACCUAAAAGCUGGGCCCAUGGAGGAGUUUACAUGCAAGUAGGAUAUAAAUGCUUGGUUUCAAAAUGCAGAUCUAAAGGAUGCUGCUCUGAUAAUUUUCCAGUUCUAGGGGCACAUAGCAUCCUCUUUAGGUACUUGGCAUACUCAGUUUUUAAGGUGAAACCUCAUUGGAACUGAGCAUUGAUGGUUUUGAGCAGGUUGAUUUUCAUUUGCGUUUCCAUCUCUACAAACCACAAUACAAAGGUAUUCCUUCAUCUCUUUUCCCCAAGACAUCAGUGGAAAAGCAUUCUCAUAGCAUUUCAGCUGGGGCAGAUUUUGCACGUAAUUUAGCUGAGGCCAUUCUUUGGUAGCAUGUUCUGGUUUAGAAGAUGGAGGGGUUUUAUUAAGGACAGAACAAAAUCAGUUCUGGAACAAGGUGAUGUCUGACAAUGGUUGUUGCAGGUGCUUGGGUGGAGCAUGUGAAAGCCAAAGCAAAGAGAAGAUCACUUUGUGUUAUUAAAUCAGGAUCAGAUUUUUCUAGCUUCUGAAGGAAGACCUUAAUCACCUAAUUAAGGCUAACUUGACAUUAUGCAUGUUUGUGGUUUUUUUCCUUCCUGAUUUGCUCUGAAUUUUUGUUGCUUUAAGAUUUAGGAGUGGAGGGAGAGGAAGGUUUCAACUGAAGUUGAAUCUUGAUUGAUUCUUUUAGUAAAAGUACAAAAAUACAGUGAUGAACCUCACAGGCACACUCAGCUAUGAACUUGAAACAUUCUGGGGAAUAUUGCUUUGCAUCCCUCCAACACUUACUAAAAUGCAGAAAAAAAAAGGACAUAUGAAGCUAGAAGACAAAAGAUGGUCUAUAGGAAAAUGAUACAGGGUAUAGAUUAGUUACCUUCACAUUUCAGAGCUAUCUCUUACCUUGCUAGAUGGUUUAUCUUUUCACCUGCCUGUAUAAUAGGCGCGGAGCAGGGUGUUACCACAGCAUUUGCAGUUUAACAUUUUGCUUUUGUCAGAUCCAGUGAUUCCAGUGCUUUGUCUUGGGGUUUUAUUGAAAACAAAAUAAAAAUAGGAGUUUGCCUGUAUUGUUCAUGUAGGUGUUAAUGAUUUUUUUCUUUCACUAGAUUUUUGCCUAAUUUAAAGCAUAUAUAACUCUUGAGAGUUUUCCAGAAAUCAGCUAUUUUUUACUUAAUCUGAAGUCUUUAUAAACAUGCAGAACCAUUUGUUUUCUGAGUUCCAGGUAGAAAUAAUUUGGGGUUCAGGGGCAGAGGGGUAAAAUUUGCUUUGUAGUCCAUCUCUAAGCAAUACACUCUAUAUGACAGUGUUUCAAAAUGACCUUGAUAAACUGGGGAAAUUGCCAAAACUAGUGAAGUAAAAUUUAAGAGAUAAAUAUGCACUGUUGCAAUUUACCAGUACAUGGCAGGGGAAAAGUAGUAUUAGAAGACAAAUAUUAUGGGGCUGAUAGUGUUCUGCAAAUUGAAUGAGCUAACAGCAUCUGAAAGACAUCAAAAGAGAAUUGCUUUGCUGUAAUUUGUAAUAGUACUUCCCUUGUAUCUCUCUAUGACUGUUUUGGGCCCUGCAUUUUAAAAUAAAUAGUUGGGGAAAGAUGUUCAUUACAGGACAAUAACAGUGGUCUUAAGACAUAUGAAAGGUGUGAGUUUAGGAGAACUUUAGGGUAAAUAAUUUGUUCAGAUCAUCAGGAGACGGGCAAAUACUUUUAAAAAUGAUAUGCAAGUAUGUAAAUGUUUGAGAGGAGUGAGCUGUUGAUGCUGUGUAAUUGCUUGUGCUGAUUGUGGGAUUUGUAGUUUGGAUUUGAGGCUGCUCCCGAACUCUGAGCACUAUCUGGGAGGUAGCAGACUCCCCUUUGCUCAAGAGCUGUUUUAGGAGGGAUUUGACAGUCACCUGCUACAGCUUUGUCUAGAUGUUUGUGAAGCCCUGUGUGGUGGUGGCUCAGCUGCUCCCUGAGAUCCUGUCCCACCUACCUCUCUGUGGUUUCACUGGAAAGAAUUCCUGUGGCUUUAACAAACCUAGCUUUUGUUGUUACAGUGUUCUGCUGGGUCUCGCUAAUGGCUUACAAAUGUUUACAGUGUGCAAGUGUUGUACAAGUAGGGAUAGCAAAAACAAAAUUAUGCUCCUUCAGCUUCCCAUUAUACACAGGAAGAUGAGCUUGAGUUGUAUGUGCUUUGUUGCUGAUAUUUGACCUUGCACUAGCUCCCUGUGGUUCUCCAUGCAGUUCACUCUGCUGGGUUCCCUUUAAUCUCAUUUCUAAAUCCCUUAGCUUUUUGGGCAAGAAGAGGGCAUGUGUUGCCUGGGUUGGCUCUCUGACAUGCAAAGGAGGUCAGAUAACUUGAUUUUUCCCUUGAUGAGGACACUUAGUUUGGGCACUCUGCUCUGCCUGCUAUCAGAUGUCACAAAAUGCAUGACCCUUAUAUCUCUCACACUUCAGCUCUUCUUUCAAACUUGUUUUGGUGAAUGAACUAAAAAGUUAUUACCAGGGGACUGAUGCUGCAUAAAUCCUAGGAACAACUAGAAAACCUUACAAAAAGCAAAGAUGUAGUAAUUAACCUUAAUAUUACAAAACCUUACUUUACCAAAGGUAAGUAUGAAGUAGUUAACAAAAUUAAUUUUAAUUGAAAUAGGUCUGAUGUUUCCCUGGAUCCAAGGCAGAGUAGAAUCUGAAGCCUUUCUUGAUUUCUUUUCUGCACUCUUCAGACAUACAAUCUCUCAUUUAAAAGAUAAAAUAGAUCAUGAAGUAUCUAAAUGAUGAAGUUAAGGUCAUGGGAAAUCGGUUGCUAAUUCAGGAAUAAACACUAGAUCAUCAGACUUCCUUAAUCUUGAAGUUCAUGUUUCAUUAUGAACUCAAAACGUCUUCUGUCUUUGUAGAGCUACAAUUUUCCCAGCAUAAUGUGAAAAAAGAUGGUCAGAAAAAAAUCCCCUUGUGAGGUGCCCCCCGCCUAAGGAAGCAAAGAUUUAGUUUCAGAUAAGCAUUGUUAAAGUGAGAGGCGUGGCUUUAAAGCCCGGCAAGAGUGCAUUCCAUUCCUCUCCCUCGGGAAUGGGCCCUAUGAGCCCAGGAAGAGCUGCCCCACCCCGGACCCCUGGUGGGGUGGCAGCCCAGGUGUUGUGUUUGGGUUUGAGCCCCUGGGGUUUCUCUCUUGCUCUGUCACUAUUAGUCCUCACCUUAAACUCCACCCUGGUUCUGUCCCACAAAACCCAUCACCCUGCCUCUGUUCUGGGCUCUCUGUCUCUGGAUCUAAACUGAGUUUAUUCCUGUGCUGAAUAAAUGGUUUCCUGAGCAGAAGCCUGUCUUGUUGGAGUCCCAUGUCGGUCACUGAUAACUGUAGCUUCCCUGGACAUGAUCCUGCAGCCCUGGAACGCAACAUCCCCUCAAGGCUGAGCUGGCAUUUUUCAAUACUAAGUACAUGGGGGUAUGUUCCGCAAGUCACUGGAAGAGCCACCUAUCAUUAUCUCCCACAGAGAAUAUGAGAAGAACUUCAACACCGUAUAAAAUGGAGUUACAAGUGAUAAUAAAUGUUUUUCAAA